ACCAAUUCCAUCAAAUUAUGGUAGUGUGACAUUUUCUAAAAACCAUAUUAAGUGUCCCAAAUGAGUAACGAGAACGAAAAUGAACCAACUACAUUUAUACAACAGCACAGGGAUGACUAUGAAGACGAUGGAAAAUUUAAAAAGAAGGUGACCCUAAGGACCAUACUCUGCAACAAAACCGUAAAAGGAUGGAUAUUUCUAACGAUAUUUGCAGCCAGUGUUCCCAUCUUAGUGUACUAUUUUGUUAUAGACCAAGGUACGUACGACGAUGAUGACUCAUAUACAUGUUUAGUACAAGAAAACUUUAGAGUACCUUGUGGGAAAUUUAACAUUACCAGAAAUGAAUGCGAAAGUGUCCAGUGCUGUUACGAUAGAUCUACUCAGAUUUGUUAUCACUAUUUGCCAUCUAGAUAUUCCUAUGAUAUCGAUGAAGAAACUGAAACAUAUAUGGCCUCACAGAGUACAACUCCCUUCGGUACAGAUUCUUUACAAAAAUUAAAAAUGUCUAUUAAUGAAAUAGAUGAAAAUAAAGUCAGCGUGGUAUUAUUUCAAGAUGAAGUAAAUGUUGAGGAUCACUAUCUAGACACAGAAAAAAAUUACAAAGUUAAUCUGGUUAAAGAAAAGCUUAUGGUCGAGGUUUAUAGAACUAACAACGAUCUUUUACUGACAACUGCAAAGGGACCCUUGAUAGCAUCAGAUACUUAUUGGGAGUGGUCAUUCUACCUAACAAAUCAUUCCCUAUUUGGUUUAAACAAAACUCUUAUUAGUGUGCCAGUGAACACAACUUUUACCAAAGUUCUAUAUAAAAACGAUAUAGAUCACUCCUCGCUACCUGUCCUUUGGGCGUACGGUAACAAGAAAUUUCAUGGUGUGAUUAUUAAACACGAUGGUCCAUUAGAGAUUACUAUAUUGCCUUCAAAUUUGGUAAUUUUGAGAAGUUUGACUGGAGAUUCACUUGAACUAGAAUUAUCAGUGGGACCUACACCGAAGUUUCUUCAUGACCAACAGACACAAAAUGUUACGCUUCCUCCUCUUUGGGCCCUACAAACACACAUGUGCAGGAGAGGAAGUAAUACAAAUUUAACCGAAUUACUGGCAGAUUAUAGUUUAGACAGCCAAGUAAAUAGUGACUGUAUACAUGAAAAUUUGGUAAUGGGUAUUAUGAAGGAUAAUAACAUGAAUAAGGAUAAUCUUAGAAGUAUCGUCAAAAACAUUAAAGAACAGGGAGCCCAGUUCUUAUUAUCUGUCCCACCUCAUGUGUUGCAGAAUUACGAGGCGUUGUACAAUAAAUCAGUCGAUUUGGAUAUUCUCUACAAAUAUAAUAGCUCAAUUUACACAGGAAAAUACUUGAAUGAAAUUGUAGCAUACCCUGAUUACGAUAAUUCACAGAUUCAAAAUUAUCUAAAUGAAUUUUCUAACCUACUUAGUACGUAUAUAGACCUUGAGGAUAUUGACGGAUUCGUUCUACACGACAAUUGGCCUGUUCACGAAAAUUAUUCUAUGAACAGCACACAUUUCCCGUAUCUUUCACAGGAAUUACGAGACGCUAUGUCAAAUACUCUACCAUGGAACACAACAAGUAAUGGAUCCACACUCCAUAUUAACAACCAUAACGCUUAUGGCACCUCCCAGAUGUUAAGCUUCCAAAACUAUUUCAAAAACAUUUCUAUUAUCAUGUCCGCAUCACUGACUUUCGAACAAACUGUACCCUCGAUGAUUCAAAACGUCAACGCUUCCUGGACUGACCUUCAACUGCAGACAGAUAACAUGUUGUUUAUGAGCAUUUUUGGAAACCAUCUAGUUAACUUGCCCGUGUGUGGAGACACGACCUUCUUUAGAAGUUCUUUGCAAGAAACUUUAUGUUUGCGAUGGUAUUUAAUAGCUGCAACUAUGCCGAUGUUUAAAAUUUCGUCAUUAGAACCAUGGAGAGAUCCUAGUAAUUUGAACUCUGUGUUUGCUCAAAACACAGCUUCGAGCACAAUUGAGCUUAGGAACAGAUUGCUUCCUUAUUACUACACCAUAUUGAACAGAAAUGAACCUGUCAUCAGACCAAUGUUUUACGAUUAUUAUGAAAAUGAGACCACAUUUUCUUUGAACAACCAGUACAUGAUAGGAGAAAGUAUAUUAGUUGCCCAUCCUUUUUCCACCGGCAGGAAUAGACUGCAGGUUUAUUUGCCAAGUCGCAUUGAAAUAUGGUAUGAACUUUGGGGCGGUCGUAUGUACAAUUCUACGAAAAAUGCAUGGACGGACUUUGAUAUAGUAGAAACAGAUUUCAUUGCUUUUAUCUCACAAGGCAAUAUUUUACCAAUUAAGGAAGAAAAUAAUUUGGACCUAAUCAUUGCUCUGAACUGUACUACAAAACCUUGCGAAGGAAAAGGAACAUUGCUCGACUCUAAUUAUAUAACUUUUCAAUCAAACGAAACAGCUUUAACUAUCAGUGAUAUUCCCAAAGAUAAUUGUAAUUACACAUUGGGAAGCAUAAAAUUAUAUUAUUAUGAAGAUGAUAUUAGUACUAGCAAGCACAUAGUCAAAGACGAGGAUUUGUGUACUGAUGAAGUUAACGUAACGAUACUUUUUAAUGAAUUAAUGACAACUGAUAACUGGAGUGAUGCUAUAUAUACAACACGCGCGCUCUUAUAAAACAAAAUUAUACUUGUAACGUCAGAAAUAAUAGACAUGAAACGCUACUGACUGGUUGAACUGAUGAAGUCAUGCAAACCAUUAUUUUUUAGAGCGCGCUCGCUGUAUGGGUGCUUUUUUCUAUUUAUAUUUUAUAACAUAUAAUAUUAAGUAUAACAUAUUUUAGCUAAUUGCAGUUUUACUUCUUAAAAAAAUAUAUUUUUUUAGACAAA